AUGACUGAUUACACCGGCCAAGGCGGCGGAGGAUGCACGACCGUCCCCAAGAGUGGUCGCAACAUUAAGGGCAAUGAAAUUACUGCACAAGGAGGUAAGGGUAUUGGGAUCAGUAACUUCGACAACUGUACACUCUACAAGAAUUUGAAUAACGAAGAUGAUGCAACAGCUGGCGGGAAGAAGGCCCCCCCUAAGCUCAGCCCCAGCCUCCAACAAGAAGUCACCAGACCAUAA